GGACGUGAUGAAGCAGUAGAGAUGUUUCCCCUAGAAGCAGCAGCAGCAGCAGCAGCAGCAGCAGCAGCAGUAACAUCAGCAGUAACAGCAGCAGCAGUAACAGCUCGUACCAUGUCGUCUCUGCUGAAGCUGCUUGUGCUGCUGUCGUCGCUCUGUCGUCGCUCAGAACAAGCUGCUGUGACGUUGAGUCCUGACAGUUCUCAGGUAUUCGAUGGACAGUCUUUCUCUCUGAGCUGUGAGGACAACAGUGACUCGGCUGGAUGGACGGUGAGGAGAAACACGUCCACAGACACCAGGGCUCGGUGUGAAGACUGGGGAAUCCAUGGGGCUUCCACCUGUGGAAUCAGUAAUGCCCUCGCCAUAGAUACUGGAGUUUACUGGUGUGAGUCCGGAGAGGGAGGAGCCAACAGCAGCAUCAACAUCACUGUGACAAAUCGGUCAGUGAUCCUGCUGAGCCCCGCCCUCCCUGUGGCAGAAGGACGUGAUGUCACACUACGAUGUAAAACCAAAACGUCGUCCAACCGAGAGGCGACAUUCUACAGAAACGGCUUCAACGUCAGUACCGAGCAAACGGGUCACAUGACCAUCCACAACAUCGCCAAGUCUGAUGAAGGCGUCUACAAGUGUCGCAUCGUCGGUGAAGGAGAGUCUGAGACCAGCUGGAUCACAGUGUCUCCGCCCACCACACGUCCUCCACCAUUCUUCAUCAUUCCUGCUUCCAUAUCAGUCGGUGGUUUGGUUCUGCUAGUUCUGCUGGUUCUGCUGGUGAGACCAUGUGUUCGGAGGAAACCCGUGGAGUGUGAUGCGGCGCCGCUGAGAAGCAGAAGAGCAGACGUCCGGCAUGAAACACACAGAAUGACAGUGCGAGAGCGAGUCGCAGAUGACGUGGAGGACGUGAGUUAUGGACAAAUAAUCAUCAGAGCAAACCUCAGGACAGAGCAUCGACCUGAGCCAGAGAUUGUCUACUCGUCACUGAAGAUCAACCACUGACUGCAGACCAGUCAGUGACUCCGCCCACACUGUCUCCUUAUUUAAGAACACGCCCACAAUUUACUACAGAAAAACUAAAAUAUAUAUAUGUAUACAUAAUUAUUAUUGUUAUAAUUAUUAUUAUAAUUUUUCAUGAUGGUGAUUCUGGAUUGUUUGGUCCAAAUGUGAUUUGUGGACAUGACAAAAAACUGAUUAAUAAAGGUAUAGUGCAUCAUUUCUGGAAGUGUGAUAUGAAGUACUAACACUGACUGUGCUGUGAGCGCCCCCUGCUGCUACGAACCAGCCUUAUACAAGGAGGCUUAAUAAAAGACUCACCUGAUAAAAGUUUAACUCUACGAUAUCUU